GUGGGCGGUGGCGGAUGAUAUCAGACCGAUGCUGGCCAAAGCUCUCUCUGCAUGAAAGAGCUCCAAACACCAACACCAUCCUCCCGCCACGUUUGAACUUCAAUCGCUACACAAAUAGGCCCGCGAAUUGCCUCGAGCUUUGGAGUAUUUACUGGCCGCGGGGCUUGUGUUUUUCGAUCCAAGAAUCCCUCUUUUUGAGCUGUGACUUUCGGAAAUUCAUCGCUGGGAACUUCUACAGCAGCCCGCCGCAACCAUGAGUGGCGGAUGGAAUACCAUUGAGUCCGAUGCGGGUGUCUUCACCUCGCUCAUCGAAAACCUCGGUGUCAAAGACGUCCAGUUCGAAGAGCUCCUGACCCUCGACCCCACGGAACUCCUCACCCUCCAGCCCGUCUACGGCGUCAUCUUCCUCUUCAAGUACCCGACCGACCAGCCCUACGCAACGCCCGAUGGCCCUCGCGACGGCUCCUUCGACCACGCCGCCGCGGAGAACAUCUUCUUCGCCGCCCAGACCAUCCAGAACGCCUGCGCCACCCAGGCCCUCCUCAGCGUGCUCCUCAACAAGACGCCCGAUGUCGAGGUCGGCGAGCAGCUGCGCGACUUCCGCGAGUUCACCAUGGUCCUGCCCCCGGAGUUCCGCGGCGAGGCCCUGAGCAACUCCGACCUCAUCCGGGAGGUGCACAACAGCUUCGCCCGCAGCAGCCCCUUCGUCGACGAGACACAAAAGACGGGCGAGGCCGAGGAUGCCUUCCACUUCAUCGCCUACACCCACAUCAACGGCACCUUGUACGAGCUCGACGGCCUGCAGCCCGCGCCCAUCGCCCACGGAUCCUGCGACGCCGACUCCUUUCCCGCGCGCGUCGUCGACGUUCUACAGCGUCGAGUCGCCCGCUACGACACCACCGAGAUCCGCUUCAACCUGCUUGCCAUGUGCCGCGACCUGCGCCAGCGCGCCCGCGAGUUUGGCGAUCCUGACCUGUUGGCCCGCGAAGAGCGCAAGCGCCGCGACUGGCAGUUUGAGAACGCCCUGCGCAAGCACAACUUUGUCGGCUUUGCGGGCGAGGUGCUCAAGGGCGUCGUCAAGGAGCAACUGGCCAAGGGAGGCGAUGCGGCCGUCGACACCUGGGUCAAUGAGAGCCUAGAGCGGAGGAAGGUCGCCGAACAGGCACUGCGCAGAGGAGGAGGAGACGGGGAUGUGGAUAUGGAUGCAUAGACGGGAGCCUUGGGUUGUCAUGAGCAAAUACGGCAUGACGAGGAUGAUGUACUAUCACGAGAUACCUUCUACGGCCAACGACGGCAUAGAUAAAACUCCUUUUUGCUUUCA